AUGGACGCGCCUGGCGCGACGGAGGCAGCAGACAAUGCUAGCCAGGCAAAUUCCGAGCACGAAACGUCUAUUCCGCAGAGUACCAACGAAUCCAGCGACGAGCAUUAUCGCGAUGAUCGACCGACACCGACUGAGGAUGGACAAGACAACAAUGGCGAUGAGGAAAGCACAGAGGACGGGGAGGAAGAAGGGGAAGGAGAAGAAGAGAAUGAUGAUAGCGAGGGGGACGAAGACGACGAGGAGCCACGGCUCAAAUAUGCGUACCUGACGAAACAUUUAGGCUCAGUAUACCGGAAUGGCGAUGCAACAAGUUCGUUUAUCACCGCAGGAGACAAGAUGGUAAUCGGAACGCAUAAUGGCAAUAUUCAUGUGUUGUCCUUGCCUCUCCUACAAUCUCUUCGUGUGUACCAUGCCCAUUCAGCCAGCGUCACGUCUAUCUCAGUCUCACCGUUCCCUCCUCCCUUACCGACCUUCAAACCAGAGCCAUUGUCCAGGGCCUCGACCUUCACUGAAGACCAGCUUCCCAACCGGUCUUCCUCCAGUUCUGCCAGUAUUCGAGGACAGCCAAGGAACCAACAAGCCACCCUUCCAGCGACUCCUUCAAACUCGAUAUAUAUAGCAACCUCUUCCAUCGACGGAAAUGUGUGCGUUUCGUCGUUGGUGGAUCCGCGAGAUGUCAUAUUACGGAACUUUGGCCGACCUGUGCAAGCCGUCGCAUUGUCCCCGGAAUAUAAAAGUGAUAGGACCUUUUUGUCUGGCGGGCGCGCGGGCGAUCUCAUCCUCACUACCGGUGGCCGUGUUGGUGCGAGCUCAAAUUCGACCACGAUGGGGGGUGCUGCAGCUGCAGCUUCUAGUUGGCUAGGCUCGAUAGGCCUAGGGACAAACAAUGGCAAAGAUACAGUCCUACAUAGCGGAGAAGGAUCUAUCAGCGUGAUAAGAUGGUCGUUGUCCGGGAAAUACAUCACUUGGGUCAACGAGGAAGGUAUCAAGAUUAUGCGAUCGAAUCUGUAUUUGGAUUCCGCAGAUCUGGAUCUUGCUUGGAAACGAGUCGGUCACAUAGAUCGACCAAACCUUCCUGGCUGGGAGGAAAUGGCUGGUGUUUGGAAAGCCCGGGCUGAGUGGGUCGACAAGAGCUCUCUAGAUAACCUAAACGAUCCGGUUCCCGGGCUUGAUGCCUCUCGCGAGAAUCUGAAGUUGCCCCAAUCAGCCACGACGAAAGAAACGAUAGAGAAGUUGAUUGUGGGCUGGGGAGGUACAGUCUGGGUCAUCAAUAUCUACCCUGAUCGACCGAACAAGAAUAUCCGGGACCACAAGCUCGGUUCUGUGGAGGUUUCUACAGUAUUACGAACGGAUUGUGUUAUAUCCGGAAUCUCUCUAUAUACCCCACGCCUCAUUAUGGUACUUGCACACAUCGAAGCAGAAGAUGACGCUUCAGAACAGCGGUCCAAACACGGUGUUCUUCGUCCUGGGACCAAUCGACGUCAACGAGGCCUAGAGCCUGAACUUCGGAUCAUCGAUAUUGAAAGCAAGGAAGAGCUCAGCGCUGACACGCUCUCCGUCAGUCGAUAUGAAAGUCUCACUUCCUCAGACUACCACAUGUGCGUCUUACCUUCUUGGAAGACGUCUGUUCCUAUUACCCAGCGAGGAACACUGGGUGCUAUUGGAAACGGUCUUUGGGAUGCAACAAUGUAUCCUGCGCGUCUGUUCAGCUCUGCAGGAAGUAUCCGUAGUACCACGAGCAGUGGCGACAGGCGCUCGAGUAGGGCGGCAGACACCAUAUCUUCACGAAGACUCUUCAACGACGAGCCUCUUCCCAAAGAGUUGCAGGACGUUGCAGGAGCUACUGGAUCGCGAAUUUUUAUUCAGAGUCCCUUCGACUGCGUUGCUUCUCUGAAGAGAGAUCUCACAGAUCGUCUGGCGUGGUUAGACGCACGUGGGAAAUACGAGGAAGCCUGGAAGCUUGUCGAUGAGCAUCCAGAAGCAGCUGGGUCUGCAAAUCAACUCAAUGACAACGUGUCUGAAACCCUGACAAAGCAGAGCAGCCUUGGUGAUUUCUUUGCAGAUGACCAGUCAUCAAUUACAACGACAGGCCGAGCAGUGAACUCUGUGGCCGACCAGGAGAAGCGUCGCAUUGGCGAGUUAUGGGUUGAACAGCUUGUCAAGCAAGAGAAGUGGACCGAGGCUGCUGAGAUCUGCGCUAUAGUGGUCAAUACCGCUCCUAGAUGGGAGCACUGGGCUUGGAGAUUCAUCGACAACAAGAAGCUCGAUGAGAUAUCUCCAUAUAUCCCUACUCAUUUGCAUCCGCCCCUAUCCUCAGCCAUUUACGACACUAUUCUUUUGCAUUAUGUUCCACAAGACAGACGCAGACUGGAAGAGCUCGUCGAUUCAUGGCCAUCAGACCUGUUCGAUGCCAACAACGUGGGGAAAGCCAUAGAAAAGCAACUGCAAUCUGAAUCUAUCGUGCCAGAUUCCGAAGAUUGGCGUACUCUCAUGAGAUGCCUUGCUAAGCUUUGCUUGGUGGGAGGCCACUAUCAUGAAGCAUUGCGCUGCUACAUCCGCCUCCAAGAUGCAGACACGGUGAUGUCGCUGAUUAGAGAACACCGUCUCCUUGAUGCUGUUUCUGACGAUAUUCCGGCCUUUAUCUUGAUUCGCGUAACCAGAGAACAGUUGAAGUCAGCGCCCAUUCCCGAGCUUGAAGAGGCAACGGCAGAGCCCAUCAAGGUUCUCGUCAGCGAGGCGUAUACAGGCAUCGUUCGUCCAGAGACGGUGGUCACACAGCUGCAAGCUAAGAAUCGCUUACUCUAUCUCUACUUCUACUUGCGGGCUCUCUGGCGGGGGGAAUCGCUUCCCCAUGAGGCUACAAAGCCUCGUAGAGGCCGUGGCGUUCGUGUACGGGAUGCAGCGAGUAAACUGGCAGCCGAUGAAGGGAAAGCUUUGAUUGAUCACUUUGCAGACACGGCUGUAGAGCUGUUCGCUGAUUACGACAGGCCACUAUUGAUGGAAUUCCUACAGACCAGCACUUCCUACUCGUUUGAGACGGCAAGUUCCAUUUGCGAAACCCGUCGCUACACCCCAGAGCUUAUCUACCUGCUAUCCAAGAUGGGACAAACCAAACGGGCGUUGAACCUCAUACUUUCAGACCUGAAGGAUGUCUCGAAAGCCAUAUCGUUUGCCAAGUCACAAGACGAUUCAGACCUCUGGGAAGAUCUUCUCGACUAUUCCAUGGAUAAACCCCGUUUCAUACACGGAUUGCUUGUUGAAGCAGGGACAGCAAUCGACCCGAUAAAGCUCGUUAGGCGCAUUCCUAGCGGUCUGGAGAUUGAGGGCUUACGAGAGGGUCUUACCCGUAUGAUCCGCGAACAUGAUCUCCAAGCGAGUAUCAGUCAAGGCGCCGCUAAAGUCCUUCAGAGUGAGGUUGCGGUAGGGAUGGAUCAACUGCGAAAGGGCCAGAAACGAGGAAUCAAGUUCAAUAUAGUCGAAGACAAAGAGAAAGAAGAUACGAAUGCGCAAGAUGACUCGAAGAGCGAUGCUGAAACGGUAAAGUCCGCGAGGCCGUCCAAAUCUUCCGCAGGCCGGUGUGCUGGUUGCCAAUCUCCCUUUCACCCCAAUGAACAAGAGAUCCUUGUCGGCUUUGCCUGCGGUCAUAUAUUCCACCUUUCACACGUCCAUCCAGAGCCUGCUCCGGGCACAGAUGAGAAUUCCUCGGGAACUCAUACGCCAAUGCCAUUCCCGCGCACACCAGCGUUUGAUGAGUCGUUACUGUCCGCAUCCCGAACCGUUGGUCCCAAGGUGACGACGGCUCGACUUCUUAGGGACCGGAUUGGGGAUAGAUGUCGAAUCUGUGCAAUGGUCAAGGAGAUAGAAGCUAUUGAUAAUGAUUCGGAGGAAAUGGAAACCACAGGGUAA